UUAAAUAAAGUCUACAUUUUCAAGGCAGAGCUACAACCACAACCAGGCGAAUCACAAAACCAAGGAAUACCAGACGAGGACUCGGUGACGUAGUUUUCUUCUUGAACAAUUUGAAGAGAAUAACUAGGAAGAAAAAUGCCUGGACGCAAUACAAAUUCUGACGACAACGUGUUUAUGAUUUCACUAUGUGUGGGGCUGGCCUUGCUCAUUGUCCGUGUGUCUGGCCGAUCAUGUGGAAGUCCAGGAGAGAUACUUAAUGGACGCUUUAAUACUGAUGAGGGUGUUCUUUUUGGAGACAAGGCUUAUGCAGUUUGUAAUGAAGGAUUCCAGUUGGUAGGCAGUGGUGUCAGAAACUGCGUUGCUACUGGCUGGGAUGGUGCCAUUCCUAUAUGUGAAAUUGUUAAGUGUCCAAACCCUCCAGAGAUUGUAAAUGGUGAAAUCACAAACCCACCUCAGGGAACUGUCACGUUUGGCACAGUUAUUAUCUACAAGUGUAAUGAAGGGAUUCUGGUGGGUAAUAGGGAGCUUGUUUGCACCAAAGAUGGAAACUACAGUAGUGCUCCUCCAGCAUGUAAAGAUCACAAAGGCUGCCCUUCUGUUCAAGUGGAAAAUGGCAGUAAGGUAGCCGGAUUUGGACCUGAUUAUAACUAUGGGGAUUUCAUUACCUUUGCUUGUAAUCCUGGGUAUAUUCUCAGUGGCACUGACACUGUUACAUGUGGAAUAAAUGGAAUUUGGGAACCUGAACUUCCGACUUGCCAAAAAGCUACAACCACAACAACAACAACCACCACAACCACAGAAGUGCCUCCGACACCCUCUCCUGUGAAAGAAAUCCUCUUCUCCUCCUCGCGCUGCUUCUUAUUAAAUUAA